CCUGACUUGAGAGACUCAACAGUGCCUUCGUGUCAAACUCCUGUCCAUCUGGGGAAAUUUAUCGCUGUCGCAACUUCCUCGUAUGACCCAUACUUUCCGAUUCUCAACCUGUCACUGUCGGCAUCAUUGACCUCGCUUGUUAAACUGCAAGAAUUUGUCAACCUCGCCCGCCCACGACUCCGUCCGCCUUGAUCUUCUCGAAACCAGAAUGACAAUGGCGUUGCCUGCAGGGAACGCAGUCUUUCCACGAAGCCACGUCGGUUUCGACUCCAUCACCCAGCAAAUCGAGAAGAAGCUGUUGAAGAGAGGUUUCCAAUUCAAUGUCAUCUGCGUUGGUCAAACAGGAUUGGGAAAGUCGACUUUGAUUAACACCAUCUUCGCAUCCCACCUUAUCGAUUCCAAGGGCCGCUUGCGUCCUGAUGAGCAAAGCCGUUCGACCACUGAGAUUCAGACAGUGUCCCAUGUGAUCGAGGAGAAUGGCGUCCGAUUAAGACUGAACAUUGUCGAUACCCCAGGCUACGGAGACUUGGUCAACAACGAUCGAUGCUGGGAUCCCAUCGUCAAAUACAUCAAAGACCAACAUUCGGCCUAUCUGCGGAAAGAAUUGACCGCUCAAAGAGAACGAUACAUCCAAGACACUCGCAUUCACUGCUGCCUCUUCUUCAUUCAGCCUUCAGGCCACGCCCUCAAACCCAUUGACAUUGUCGUUCUCAAGAAACUGUCUGAUGUGGUCAACGUGGUUCCUGUCAUCGCCAAGGCCGACUCGCUCACCCUUGAAGAGCGCCGUGCGUUCAAGGAGCGCAUCAAGGAGGAGUUUGCCUUCCACAACUUGAAGAUGUAUCCAUAUGACAACGAAGAGUUGGAUGACGAGGAAAGAGCCACAAACACGACUAUCAAGGAUAUCAUCCCAUUUGCUGUGGUGGGCAGCGAGAAGACAAUCAUUGUUAACGGCAAGCAAGUCCGUGGACGACAGAACAAGUGGGGCGUCAUCAACGUCGAAGAUGAGAACCACUCUGAAUUCGUCUACCUUCGAAACUUCCUCACUCGUACCCAUCUCCAGGACUUGAUCGAAACCACCAGCCAGAUCCACUACGAAACCUUCCGAGCUAAGCAGCUGUUGGCACUCAAGGAAAGCAGCGCAGGCCUGUCCGGGAGCAGACCCAUCAGCCCAGCAGCUGACCGGGAGCUGAGCAGGGGCUCGCAGCGGAUGACCAUGAAUGGAUACUAAGUCUGACUGAUCUGUGUGGUUGGAUGUGACGAGCAAAAGCGAGUGGUGGCAAAAUUCAAGGUCUUGCGGUGAAGAAUGAGCCUCGCUGAGGAUCUUGAUGUCCAUUUCCCAUGACGGGGCAAUUUCUGAUGUAGCGUCUAUUGAGAGCGGGUCUUUCGUCCUUGACAAGGUGUGGUAUAAUAUUUCUCAUGACAAUUCUUUCUAUCUUGCUGUGUCUAAAAAAUGUCUAACUAGACUCGUCUAUCGCAUUGCUGUACUCAUCAUUCGUAUCUCUGGAGGACACGACCUCUGUCGGCC